UUCGGUUGUAAACACAUGUUUCUAACAAUAUGACUGAAUUGAAAAAAAUCGCGAUUUUAUUUGGCACGCAAACGGGAAAUUCAGAAGAUAUCGCCGAAAGGAUCAGCAGAUUGAUCUUGCGUCUGAAUUGCAAGUGUUUCACCUCGUCUCUUAACGAUUAUCUCAUCACUCGACUUAUUACUGAAACGUUAGUAAUAUUUGUAUGUUCAACCACAGGAGAUGGAGAUUUUCCUGAUAACAUGAAGACAUUUUGGAAAUUUCUAUUGCGGAAAAAUUUACCAUGUGAUUCGUUAUCACAGCUACAUUUUUGUGUGUUGGGGAUGGGUGAUUCAUCUUAUGAUAAGUUCAAUGUAGUUGCAAAAAAAUUGAAUAAACGACUGCUGCAGCUGGGAGCUACCCAGCUGCUCCCACUUGCUCUUGCCGACGAUCAACACGAAUUGGGUUAUGAUGCAGUUUUAGAUCCAUGGCUUCGGAACUUGCAAGAUAAACUGAUUGAUUUUUAUCAAUUAAGCGGACCGUUCAUUUCCGAAGACAAUCUGCUGCCCUCCAAAUUCAGAAUAGAAUUUCUAGAGUCAGUAUCUAAUGAAUCUAUUAUUGAUCCUGAUUUCAAGAAUUCUGAGAAAUGUUGUGCUACAUUAAGAUGCAAUGAGAGAGUUACAUCAGCAGAUCAUUUUCAAGCUGUUCACUUACUGAAAUUUGCAAUUGGGUCUGACCUGAACUAUCAACCAGGUGAUGUGGCAGUUGUAUGGCCUGAAAAUCCUGUAGACGAAGUUGAAGAAUUUUUGUCUUUAAUUAAUGUUCCACAAGAAUCAAAAUUUAUUUUGGUUCCCAGAGAUCCUACUAUUCCUCUUCCAAAAAUUUCCCCUUAUCCAUGUACUGUUAGGGAAUGUGCCACUUCUUAUUUUGAUUUUUUAAGUGUUCCCAGGCGAUCAUUUUUUGACAUUUUUUAUCAUUUUAGCAAGGAUGAACUGGAGAAAGAAAAACUGAAAGAAUUUACCACUCCGGCUGGCCAAGAGGAGUUAUAUUCAUACUGCAACAGACCAAGAAGGAAUAUACUAGAAGUUUUGAAAGAUUUCCCGCAAACAACUCCUUUUAUUCCAUUCGAGUACUUUUUUGAUAUGAUACCUUGCAUACGAUCUCGUUCUUUUUCCAUUGCAUCCUCUUUAAGUUUACAUCCUAACGAAUGUCACUUGCUGGUAGCCGUCGUCAAGUACAAGACACGCCUUCUGAAGCCAAGAAAGGGACUUUGCUCUAAUUGGUUGUCAAAACUGCCAGUGGGUACCACAAUACCUUUUUCUACAAAAAGUGGAUCCAUUUCCUUACCAAAGGGCGAUAAACCUAUUAUUAUGGUUGGCCCCGGUACCGGUUGUGCCCCAUUUCGAUCUUUUAUUCAGAGUCGGGUGGUUUCUGGGAUUUCUGAAAAUUAUCUUUUCUUUGGGUGUAGAAAUAAAGCAAAAGAUUUUUUCUUUCAUGAUGAAUGGAAUAGUUUAGUUAAGAAGAAUCUAUUAACCCUUUUUACUGCGUUUUCUAGAGAUCAAGAUGAUAAAAUUUAUGUACAACACAAAAUUGCUGAAAAUGAAAAAUUGAUGUGGAAUUUGAUUGACUGCAGAGGAGCAUGUAUAUAUGUUGCAGGAAAUGCAAAACAAAUGCCACAAGGUGUACGUGAUGCAUUUUUAAGUAUAUUUCAAAGUGAGGGUGGCUUAGAUGAAAAAUCUAGUUUGCGAUAUUUGCAGUCCCUUGAAAAUAGGAAACAAUAUCAAUCAGAAACAUGGGCAUAAAAACCUUUUUGUGUUCUAAUUAUUUGUCACUUUUCUAGUGCUACCUAGAUUUAACAAAAUACACCAGUUUUCAUGGUUAAUUUACCAUCAUUACAGUAAAGAAA